CUGAACUCGACAAGAUGCUGCUCUACCUCGUAGCGAUCGUUACCCUCUUGAUCUACGUCUGGAUCAAGCGACGGUACUCCUACUGGAAGAAUCGUGGCGUACCAUCCCUGAGUGUCUCUUUCCCAGCUGGAAAUCUCCAAGGGAUCGGCCAGCGUCACCUGGGACUCAUCAUGCAGGAUUUGUACGGCAAGUUGAAAGGCUCUGGGGCCAAGUUCGGUGGAAUCUACUCGUUCCUCAAGCCGAUGGUCAUGGUGCUAGAUCUGGACUUUGCCAAGGACGUGCUGGUGAGAGAGUUUCAGUACUUUCACGAUCGUGGCAUGUACUACAACGAGCGGGACGACCCGCUGUCGGCACAUCUAGUCAGCUUGGAAGGUGACAAGUGGAAGAGCUUGAGGACGAAGCUGACGCCGACGUUUACCUCCGGGAAGAUGAAGAUGAUGUUUUGCACGAUUAAAGAGGUUGUUGAUCGGUUGGAGGGUUGUAUCCGGGAAAGGAUGAAAUUUGGUGAAUGUAUCGAGAUCAGGGAUAUUAUAUCGCGUUUUGCCAUGGACGUUAUUGGGAGUUGUGCCUUUGGGUUGGACUGCAAUAGUAUGGUAACGUCCGACGCUCCGUUCUGGAAGAUGAGCCUGAAAGCUUCUUUAAGCACGAAACUUCGAUCCUUGAUAUCACUUUUUGCUACGACCUAUAGGAAGUUUUCCAACCAAAUUGGAAUCUGCGUCUUGCCAAAAGAUGUGAGUGAUUUCUACCUUGGAGCGGUUCGUGAUACCAUCAAGUUUCGGAUGGACAACCAAGUGUCGCGAAAGGACUUUAUGGAUCUAUUGAUCAAGCUGGAGGAUAACUUUACGUUCAACGAGAUCGCUGCGCAAGCCUUCGUGUUCUUCCAGGCCGGUUACGAAACCUCUUCGAUUACGAUGACCUUCUGCCUGUACGAGCUGGCACUGAAUCAGGUACUUCAGGAGAGGGCCAGACAGAGCGUGGAGGAUGUUCUGAAGAGGCACGGAUCCUUCAGCUAUGAAGCCAUUCAGGACAUGGAGUUCCUCAACUGUUGUGUCAAAGAAACGCUUCGCAAGUAUCCACCGGUAGCAAAUCUCUUCCGGGAGAUCACAAAGAAUUACAAAGUUCCAGAAACGGACAUCACCCUGGAGAAGGGAUACCGAGUAGUGAUCCCAGUAUACGGAAUCCAUCACGACCCGGAUAUCUACCCCAACCCAGAGGUCUUCAACCCAGAACGCUUCAACCCUGAACAGUCAACCAAUCGUCAUCCAAUGGCCUACCUGCCCUUCGGAGAAGGACCCCGAACCUGCAUCGGAGAGCGAUUCGCCCUAAUGGAGACCAAAAUCGGCCUUAGUCGUUUGCUACGAAAGUUUCGCUUUAAGCUGGCGCCUCAAACUUCAACAAGAAUUGAGCUCAACAAAACCAGCGUUUUCCUAUCUAUUCAAGGUGAUCUCUGGAUGAAGGUUGAGACGGUAGAGUAAAAAAAACCUGUCAUAACCUCACCGUUGUCACCGAACCUGCCGCAGAAAAUUAAAUUUUCAUAACAAUAAAAAAGAGCGUCCCCGGCUGACGGCAAACUGGUAUAAAAUUCAAA